AUGUGUGCAAGCGACAGAAAGGUUUGGUCCACAGAUCUGGAAAGAGAAAAGCAACCAGCAACGCUCUAUCGUCUAAUGAGUUGGAUGUCCGUGGAGAUGAAAUCUCGUAUGAGAGCAAUAGCUCCAGUACGAAGCGGUACAACAAAUUGUCGCCAUGUGAAUAUAGUUGGUGGCAGAGUUGACGAUGAGAGAAAAGAUUGGCACAAGUGUUGGUUCUGUUCUAAUUCUUCCCACUGGCCAGACCAAUGCCAGAAGCUUGCAGCCAUGAAUUAUGAUGAAGGAGUGAAAGCAGCCAAAGCCAACCACGUCUGCUUCAGCUGCUUGAAGAAAGCUGGAAGAGAGCACAACCAAGCAAAUU